UUUGCUCCAUCAAACCCAAAUCCUGCUAACUAGCGUCCCAUUACUUACCGAGUUUCCUUUUCUGUCAUACCAAAAGCAAAGCAAACCGUGUUUUUAAGAAGUAUCCUAAGAUGAGUUCAGCAAGUAGAGCUUGGAUUGUGGCAACAAGUGUUGGAGUUGUGGAGGCCUUGAAGGACCAAGGAAUUUGCAGAUGGAACUCUGCUCUAAGAUCAGCUCAGCAACAUCUCAAGAACCAAGCGAGGUCCGUCUCUCAGGGUACGAAGCUUUCUUCUUCUUCUUCUUCUUCUACUCUGCUCUCCACCAGACUAAAAGACGAGAAGGCAAAGCAAUCAGAGGAGUCCCUGAGGACAGUGAUGUACUUAAGCUGUUGGGGUCCCAAUUAGAGCCAAAGGGAAGCUAGAAAUGAACUUUUUUGUAAUUAAUUCCUAGUUCUAAGCUUCCUUCAGCCAGAAAAUGGAGGAUGAGUUUUCUGGUGCUUUAUUAGACUUGGCUUAUUCUCUCCUGUGACGGAGUGAUGUAAAUUUUGAUAGACUGUAAUAGAAACGUCUAAAUUUUUCACGUUAAGUAUGUGUUCAUCUCCACUUUCA